AUGGACAGAAGAUUCACUGUUUCCGAAAACGAGACGCUGAGAUUACCUAAUGAUUUUCGCCUUCCUGUGGAGUGCAAAUCAUAUAUCCUAACGAAAGAAGAGCUUUCAAAAUGCGAAAAUCGCAUGGUUUGUACCUAUGAAAAUCUUAAGGCUCUUAGAGCAUGCGGGUGCUCACUGGGUUCUAUUAGGAACUUCCGUAAGGAGAUCACAUAUACACCUCCCAUCAAUACUCCUUUCAGAGAAAUCAGGUUAGAUGAAAUGAAUGUCAACGGCUACACUCACCAACAUGAAACCACUAUUGUUCUUGGGUCAAGCCUUAUGUUCAGCGGCGCACAUUACAUCAUAGAACAAGUUGGUGAUAUAGCAUUUGAAGAAUUAAAGGCUGCUAUAAUUGCCUUGGAGGAGCACAUGUUGGGGUCUGUGCAGGUCAUGCGCAUAACUCGCAUGAAUGCCUGGAUAACAGUUUAG